UAAAUCAAAACACCAUAACGCUUCUUCUUCUUCUUCCUCUUCCUCGUUCUCCUCUUCGGCUUCGGCUUUGUCUCUUCUUCUUCAUAGCUAGCUAUGGAGGUUUUAGUCUCAUUGUGCCUAAUACUUCCUUUGAUAUAUUCUUUUUUCACCCUUUUCAAGAUGAUCCUUCAACGGAGAGGCCAGAAUUGCUACAUGCUGGCCUACGAGUGCUUUAUGCCGCCGGCGGACACAAAGCUCGACACAGACUUGGCGGCGAGGAUCGUGAUGAGGAACAAGAACCUAGGGCUAGAGGAAUACAGGUUUCUGCUCAAAACCAUGGUGAGUUCAGGCAUAGGAGAGAGCACUUACUGUCCUCGUAACGUCAUCGAAGGACGAGCGGCGUGCCCGACGCUCAAAGAUUCCUACGCCGAGAUCGAUGAGAUCAUGUUCGACACUCUCGACGGACUGUUCCGAAAAACUGGGUUUUCUCCCUCCGACAUUGACAUCCUUGUGGUCAAUGUGUCUUUGUUCUCUCCUGCACCAUCCCUCACAGCUCGUAUUAUAAACAGGUACAAAAUGAGGGAGGACAUAAAGGCGUUUAACUUGGCCGGAAUGGGGUGUUCGGCGAGCGUGGUGGCCAUGGAUGUGGUGCAACGGUUGUUCAAGAGUCACCAGAACUCUGUCGCAGUCGUAGUGAGCACCGAAGAUCUCGGUGCUCACUGGUAUUGCGGCAAGAACAAGAUGAUGCUGCUCUCUAAUUGCCUCUUUCGCUCCGGCGGAUGCUCCAUGCUUUUCACCAACAAGCCCUCCCUCAAGCACCUUGCCAUCUUGAAGCUCAAGCACAUGGAACGAACCCAGUUUGGUGCAAAUGAUGAAGCCUAUGGAUGCUGCAUGCAGGUUGAAGACGAAGAAGGGUACCGAGGAUUCCAACUCACAAAGAAUCUAGUUAAAUCCGCAGCAAAAGCCCUAACACUGAACUUAGAAUCCUUGGCUCCAAAGAUUCUUCCUCUCUGGGAACUCAUUCGCUUUCUAUCAGUCGCUCUGCGUCACAGCAGGAAAACGAAGAAAGACAUAAUCCAAGCCGUAGCAGGAGGAGGUUUGAAUUUCAAGUCAGGAAUAGACCACUUCUGUGUCCACCCAGGAGGACGAGCCGUGAUCGACGGCGUCGGUAAAGGUCUCGGGCUCACCGAGUACGACCUCGAGCCGGCGAGAAUGGCGCUUCACCGGUGGGGUAACACAUCUGCAGGUGGUCUCUGGUACGUUCUAGGGUACAUGGAAGCCAAGAAGAGACUCAAGAAAGGUGACAAGAUACUCAUGAUAAGCCUCGGUGCUGGAUUUAAGUGUAAUAACUGUGUUUGGGAAGUGAUGAAGGAUAUGGAAGACCCUAAUGUUUGGAAAGAUUGCAUCGAUAACUAUCCUCCAACGUCUGUGAUGAAUCCUUUCACGGCAAAGUACGAUUGGCUCCAUGACGAGUAUCUUAACUUUGUGAGGUUCGAUACCAGCAAAAUAUCAGUCGACUAAUAAUAGUAAUAAUGUCAAUUAGGGUUGAUGAUGAAGAAGUAUAGUUUAUAAACUAUGUUGAUCAUGAUCAGCGUCAGAAAAGCAGGUGAUGAGAUAUAGAUUAUAAUUAAUUAAAUCUGGUUUUUAAUGUGUGGGGGUUCAAAGGAGAUUCCAUACAUGUUUUAUCAUAUAUUGGUGGUAUUGAUAGUGUCGGAAUAAUUUAUCUUUGUGGAUUACCAUUUCUGAAAUGUAAUUUAAAGGAGACAGAGAGAUAUAGAGAGAGAGAGACAGAUGAAGUCACACAGACUAUACACAUGUUGGUUUCAGGUCAAUGCUUGAAAGUAGAGAACUUUAUAGGAAAGUGUACUUCAGUUUCCUGAUUAUUGUUCUAAACUCUUUGUAUUGUGUUAUUGAUCAAAUAAAAAGUUAUAUCUUUAUCAGUAAA